CACUCCUACAGAUUUGUUUUCAGCUUUGUUUUUCGUGUGUGGGUGUGAGUAUGAUGAUGUGUUCAGAUGUAAAAAAAUUUCCAGUAACUCAAAUCGCAAGAUACGAAGGUAUGAAUGCUUUCCAAACCCAGAACUUUGCUGACAUAUUUAGGCUCGUGAAUCAUUACGUUUUGCAAGCAUAAAACCACUAAACUGGUAACCUGAAGCCACUGUUCCGAGGUGACGUGAAUUUUCUAGAGAAUUGCGAUUGCGUUUUUUUUUUUUAGCAGAUAUUUGACAGGAAGGCAAGGUAAAAUGUACAUCACAGUAGACAAGAGCUCACAAAUUUGUGGUUUUCGCAUCAUAGAGGCUGUUGUUGAUUUGUUAGUCAUUGCAUAGACAGACAUUAUUUCCUCAUCAGACAGCUGCAGAAUGUACUUAUCUACUAAAACGUACCUUUAUGAAAUGAGGCAGCGGUUAAUAUCUAGGUUAUCACACCGGUUAUCUCCAAAGUUCUAAACCAAGACAGCUGCUGAUUCAGGCAUCAUAAGGAAAUGUUUACUUCUCUGUCACCCAUCAUGCAUUGAUUUGUCUGAUUAUAUUUGAAAAUUUUGCUAGUGGAACUUGCUGAUGCUUACAUAUGAUGUUCUUAGUGGUGGCGUUAAAGGGAAAAAAAGAACCAGUUUCACUUUUAACCUUGGAAUGCUGGUCUAGUUUCAGAAUGCUCAUGUUUCAUAGUAUAAUGUGAUUCUAUUUAAAGAGAGGAAGGCAGUCAGGUCAGUGGACGGAGCAUUAAAUGUAGUACAUGAACAGUAUUGCUUUUAUUUUAAUUAGUCUUGCAGAAAACAUUUCACACUGAAAAGCAAAUACUGCUUUAUUUCCUCAGUGAAAUAUAGUCAACAGGGGAUUGCUUAAGAAUUAAACACUGAUUGUGUAUCAGAAGUGGAUGUAACUCCUAUUGGGAGUGUAUACAACUCCUUUUGCUCCUCAGCUCAUGCAAACACUGAAGCACGGGGUGAAAGUUGUUGUUCAUAUAAAAGAAUGCCUGUUGCUAUUUCUUAUUUACUCAUUAUUUUCUUUAUUCCUAUUGAACUGCAUAAUGCAGCUAAAUGUAGUUUACUUCCGACACAGAUUUUCCAAAUUUAAUUAAAUUGUUCUUUAACGAACAAUCUGUGGUUGCAUAUCAGUCUGUCUUUGUAGGGACUUUACAGUUUUACGCCCCUCAACAUGAUGCAUAACAAAACAAACUGAUCCUUUUCCUUUACAUGUCAGUCAGACGUCCUCUUGGGUGGUCCUUGGUCAAUAUAAACUGCUAUGGUGUCCAGAGCUUCUGCCGUCAGACUAAAAGUCUGGAUACGCGAGACUACAUGGUUCAUAAUAAACCCUCAACUCAACAAAAUCUCAGGCUCUAGACAGUACUAGAAGUGUAACUGUACAACCGAAUGCUAGUCACUUCAGCGAGAAUGUCUGAUAGGCGCCAAUUAUUACAACUCAUCAUGAGAGAGAAAAUUUUCGUAAGAUAUUGUAAGAAAGAUUGUUGUGACAGUAUUUCUUACCCAAUUCAACUCAAGUUAAUUAGCAGCUAUCAGAGGACGCCGUACAGCUUUCACACAUAGUUGUUGUAUCUAUCUCUCUCUCUCUCUCUCUCUCUCAGGUUGAGUAAUGACUCUAACUGCGAUCCAGUGCUAACCUGCUCAUGAACUUUACUUGCUACACACCAUUGUCUUGGCCAUGUUCUGUUUAAUCAGCUGUGCAAUGCAGAUGUGGUGUUGAUAAACACGGCCUCCGUAAAAUCUUCUUGAUAAAUGGCUUAUUGCAAAAGGUUGAAAUCAUACAGACCAAGUGUUUAGACAUAAAGCCAGUGUAGCCAAACAAGCGAACGUGUGCUGUGGUAUGGCCCUAUACAUCAUUUCCCAGGAUAGAUAAAAAUAAAUAACAAUCAUGAGAGAUGGAUUAGAGGUUAUAAAUUGCCAUUGGUACUAAAUAUCAAAUAUCCUUCCGUUCUAGGAGGAUAUCCUCUGUUGAAGGAAGCACUUUUGCAGAAGUUUGCCACAAAACCCCUUGUAGAAAAAAAAAAAAAGGAAGAAAUUUUUAGAUCCCUUAUUGGGGAAAUUUUAAGACUCAUGUGCUUUGCUUUUUGGUUUCCAGAUGGUUCAUCAUUUGAGUCAGCAAAAUGGAACUUUUAUUUUUCCUUUCCUGAAAACUCUCAACAGGUGUCUCUUCUUCGUAGCUCUGAUUCACAGAAAUUGUAACAGGCACCAAAUGGUGACUCUCAUAAACCAUAAAGUUUGAUCCUAACGUCUUCGACAGAUGGAACAAGUAGCCCACAGAGCCGUCAUGUUUCCGACUGUGACAGUGAGCGCUUAUGAGGAUCAGCUAAACGCUGGAGUUUCCAAAUGAUGUGAAGUUCAUGGUAUAGACUUGUUAAUUUGCGUGACUUUCUUAAACGAUCUACGGUUGCACGACAGUCUGUUUUCGUAGGGACUUUACAGUUUCACGCCCAGGAACAUGAUGGUGAGCAAAACAAAGUGUGAUUGGUUGCUUUACAUGUCAGUCAGAUGCCCCCUUGGCCGAUAAGAGCUGCUUUGGAGUCCAGACCUUCUGCUGUCAGUCUGAAGGUCUGGCUAUGUGAGACUAGCACCAUAUGGAGUCACCUCAUGUUUAAACAUAAUGAGAAAAUAUAAAGAGCCACACUUGAUUUUGAAUAUCAGAGAAUCGCAUUCUGUAAUAGAAACGCUGGCCAAAUUUUUGUCAAGCAUGCAAACGCUGUAUUUUGUUGCUAACGGUUUUUAUUUUUCACGUUUCUGGGCACAUGGGAUCGGACAGCUAACUGAUAUAUUUAUGAUGUGUCCUCCUGGGAUGAAUCAGUAUUAUACAGCUCGGUUUGCUUGUGGGUUUUUAUCUGAUUUAAUCGAUAAAUCAAUGAAUUAAAUCAAUGAUUUAAUCAAAGCAAUCUGACGUUGAAAUUUUUAUUUCAAAUAAUGGAAUAAUCUACUGAGAGAAGUGAUUUGUUUAUCUUAAACUGGAGGAGGCUUUGAAUCGCUGCCUGGCACAGACCUCAGCUGCUCUUUUCAUCUCUGAUUACCUAACUGACGAAUAGCUGUUUAGGGACACAUUAAAGUUUAGUCUGCCUCAUCUCUGUGAUAGCAUUGCGUGCCGAGAUCUCCGAGUCAUUUCCAAAAGCCCUCCUAGUGAGGGGGAAGCCUACGCAUGUCCGAGGGUGGCAUUUUUGACCGUCUGAUAAUCUCAGUCAAGGAUGCGAGAGAGUUACAAGGAUGUGGUAUCCGAGGCUGCAGGACAAGGAGUCACCAUCACAGGAGAAAAAACCUUUAACAACUGGAACUGGCCAAAUGCUGUCAUAUUUGCAGCUACGGUCAUUACAACCAUCGGUUAUGGCAAUAUUGCCCCCAAAACCCCAGUAGGGAGAGUGUUCUGCAUUUUCUAUGGACUGUUUGGUGUACCACUUUGUCUGACUUGGAUCAGCGAACUUGGCAAGUUUUUUGGUGGAAGAGCAAAACACCUCGGGCAAUAUCUUACCAAGCGAGGCGUUUCAUUGAGGAAGGCACAGUUCACCUGCACAGCUGUCUUCCUGAUAUGGGGUGUCCUGGUUCAUUUGGUUAUUCCCCCGUUCGUUUUCAUGUCUCAGGAAGGUUGGACCUACAUAGAGGGCUUAUACUUUUCCUUCGUCACUUUGACAACUAUCGGAUUUGGUGAUCUUGUAGCAGGUGUUGACCCCAAUGCUAACUACCCCACUCUGUAUCGCUACUUUGUUGAGGUGUGGAUAUACCUGGGUUUGGCCUGGCUCUCGCUCUUCUUUAACUGGAAGGUGCGAAUGGUCAUCGAAGCUCACAAAGCUCUGAAGAAGCGGCGAAAACGGCGAAAACUCUCACUGGAUGAGUUCCAGCACUACAAAGACACCAACAAGGCCUUGCAGCUACCAGCUGCUGGCAACGACGUCAACAUCUUCAGCUUCCUGUCCAAGAGGAAGGUGGGCUACAACGACCUCAUCAAACAGAUCGGUACCAAAAAUGGAGAAGAUCAGCAUGCCGGUACCAUUGACACUAAAAAAAGGCAGAGCGAAUUCAUCCGCUCCAAGAGCUGCAACGAUGCUGCCUCCGUUAACGGAAAUGCAAUUCUCAACCUAGACCAAUCGCCUCGCCAGAAACGCCGCUACAGCUUUAGUGACCGUGUCACGGUGGUCUUCUCCAAGUCUAAAAGCUACCUGCUUGGCACAGAAGAGGGUCCACUCCUAAACGAGAUGCAGGUCGAGGGUGAGCUGGACGUGGAGAGAAUGUACGAGAAUCAGUUGGAUAAAGAGGCAGGAGAGGAGCACAGGAACCUCGGGCCUGGGGGCUGUGGUCCUGGCCGUCACAUGUGGGACUCCAAUGAGUAUCAACCUGUUAUUUUUCAAAAUGCCAACAUCACCUUUAUCGAUGAAGAGAACCUACUGAACAACAGCCUGGAGGACGAGGACGAGGAUGAAGACAUCAAGGUCAAGCUCUCGACCUCGGACGAAAACGCUGAGUCCGAAACUGAUUCCAAGGAGGAGCAGUGUUUCGAAUCGGAGGGAUCCGUAUUCACAGACAGAUCUGAUCACUCUAAUUCCUACGAGCAGCUGGUAGAGGAGUAUUCCAAGGAAAACAACACUGAUACCUGAAGCAUUGAAUCAUCAGUGGGGGUUUUUUUUCUUGAUGUUUGAAGACUUGAAGACAUUUGUGUGUCCAACUUGAUCAAAGAAACAUAACUUUUGAUGGAGUCUUUGAAAUGCCUCACAGUCAGUAUUACACUGAGUAAAUGCUGUAGAUCGUGCAAAAGAACAAGCAAUUAUCUCUCUCUACAACACCCCAAUUAUUGGGGCAUGACCUAAAUGAUCAAUAUUUCAUUCUGUCUGACUAUAGACAGAUUUUUUUUUUUUUUUUUUUAAUGGAAGACUGAACCUCAGACUCCAUGAUGGUUCACUUUCUUUGUGGUUUUAUUUCUAGUUUUUGCCUAAUAGAGUACUAAUUUAUUAAAUUAUAUGGGGGGAAAAUUAGCUUAAGCAUAAUGACAAAGCAGAAUCAGUUGCAAACUGGUUCACGGGAUAAAGACAGUAAGGUGAUUCCUUUAAGAAUUGCUCCAGGUUCUCACUUUUAUUCACCAUAUUGGUGGUUUUAUAUCGACAUAAUGAAGGACAAGCACAUUCCACCUGCAUUAUGUUUUGAACCAUUUUUAUAGGGUUUGGCUUUUUCAUCACCUAAUUCCCACUAAUUACCAGACUCUAUUAUCAUGAAGUCUGAGAGCCAAGACUGCACAUGCUUCCUCUGAGGUGUGUCUUUUAUGGUCCCUGACAUUUAUAGCUUUCCAUUUAAUUCCUGAAUCACUGUGUGAAAGCAGACAGUCAGUUGCAACUCCUUGUCUGUGGAUAGCAUAUUGCACUAGUCUGCUUCAGUCUGAGCCAUUAAAGACAGCUCUGUGCCGUAGGUCGCGUUUUUGCUGGGUUACUGUUCAAAUCCGAGCUUGAAUCUCUGCCAUGCACGGUCAUCAUCAGGCUGAUCUUCAAAUAUGAAUUCUUCUCUUCUUCUUCUUUUUCGUCUCCUUCUUCAUCUUCUCCUUCAUCUCCUUCUUCUUCUUCCUCUUGAUAGUUGGAAUGGAUUGUUGCUCAUUUCAUGAUGAUCCCGGAUUUUCCCGGGGUUUCUUUUUUCGCCCAACAAGUUGGUAAACUCGGACCCGCUCAGCCUUAUUAAGCAUAACACGUUGACCUUGGUGCUCAUGUUAUUCCACAUUUUGUGCAUGACCAAUACUUUUGUUUUUAUUUGUUGUUGUACUGUACGGUUUCACUUGACCUUUCACCUGAGAUAUUAUCUCAAUUAUCCCAGAACACUUGACCUGGCUUUACUAGUUCUCGGGUGUGUUCGAAGACCUGAAUAGUCACUAAGAGUAAUCCUGAAUAUAUAUGGCGUUUCAUUUCUUAAAUUUGCAUAGAACUGAAGCCAGGUCCUUUUUUUUCCCAGCAAAGGUUAUGUGAAGUUUGUUGGCCUAUUUUGUCUUAAAUUAGUGUUUGUUAUUAUUGGCUAGUGCAAAUAUUUAUAUGCUUAGUCUAGACGUGUCUGAAACAAGGACAGACACAGACUUGUCAUUUGAGUAGGCACUAAUAAACAGUGCAACAAUAGUGCAGAAUUAUUUUACAUAAACCUCUAAAAAAAAUAAAUUAUAUUAAUCACUUUUAGUUAUUAUUGAUUAAUAUUCCAGUGAAUGGAAAUAAAAUUAGUUUUAUCAUGCUUUAUCGUGUAGAAGGCUAACACCUGCUUCUCUUGCUCAUCUGCACUUGCAUUGAGAAUGUAAGGCUAAGCUUAUGACAUUUUCUGAGUAAUGCCAUUCGCGAUACUGUAGCCACAAGAAUGUCCGAGGCAAAAUGUGGAUAUCCUGCAUGUAAUUCCCUCGGCUGGGGAGUGUGUCUCACACAGGCCUCUUGCGUCACAGUGCAAGGCAGCACCAGUGCGAGGAAAACAGCUUCCCGUGUAGGUUUCCUGUCUUAGAUUAAUUAUGUAGCGCACAUCCCUGGAUCCGUUCAUCCUAAUUCUGUCUCCUGUUCCAAGAUUCUUCGCGUCUAUCUAUUCACUGAUAUUAGAUAAAUCGAAUGAUUUUUGUGUUAGUUCGCUGCCUCACUGUGUUAAAUCUCUUAGAAAUGCACUUGCCGCCUGGAUAUUAAUUGAUGCCAGUAUGCAAAAAGUCUGCAGUAGUCAGUAUUCUGUGUAUCGCGGAUAUGUUUUUGAGCACAGUAGUCUUCUGGUAGUGAAAUUAUCAGAUAACAUGUCCACUUCGGCUUGUUUGGAUUAAUUAUCAGCAGUUUAGCUUCUUUUUUUCUUUUUUUUUCUUUCCAAUGCUCGGAUAUAUUAGUCAAGCGGAAUUGUUGCAAACAUCCUGAACAAAAAUAGACCCUCUUUAAGUUCUCGCCCAGACGUUUGGUCAAGACUCCGUCUGGCACGAAAGUGCGGUGUAUUUUGUAUGUAAACACUGGGGAACUGCUCGAAUGUAGCCACUACUUUGUUCAGGCCAUAACCUUGCAGCCUUGUAAUCUGUGUUUACUUUUCCUGCACUCAAAGUGACACAAGUGGCCAUAAACUUUACGCAGGUGACCGAGGUUAACAUGUGACUGUUGUCCUGUUGCCAGACAGUAACAUUAUUAUUACUGGACAUUAUCGGACAUUAGCUUCUGGCUAUAAUGACAUUUUACAAACUACCGUGUUCUUUUCAGAUUAAGUGUUACUGUAAAUGGAUAUUCAGUCAGUCAGUGUCUGUUUUGUAACGACUGUCUCUCUCCGUGCCUUGCCAGCUUCUCUGUCUUCAAACCACAUCAGCAAGAUGCUCAAUUGAAAAAAAGUAUUUGCCUAGAACAUUUCUUCUUUGUCUUGUAAUUCUCUAGGAUCAGGUACUGUAGAAGGUUUCGCACCAAAAAAAAAAACCUGUCUGAAUUCAGACCAAAAUAAAAUUAAUAAAAAUGUUUUUGGGGUCUGAGGUACUACUUUAGCUUCUGAAGGAUUUACAGACAUUAAAAAUCAAGUGAAUUCCAUCGUAUUUAUCAUUUCCCUGACCUGUAUUAUGCACACUCCAGCAUGUUGUAAAAAGACUUGUUUUUAAUGUGAAAUUUGUGCUUAAAUUUUAUGUGCUUUUUUUUUUUUUUUUUAAAUAAAUAAAGAUUUGAG